AUGUUAGAUAUUAUCGUUGCUAACCAUGGAAAUAAAAGUAUAGGUGUACUUCUAGGUCAAGGCAAUGGAACUUUUAUAGGUCAAACGACAUAUUAUUUUGGUAGUGCUUCUCCAUAUUCUAUUGGCAUCGGUGAUUUCAACAAUGACGAUCAAAUGGAUUUAGUUGUAACGAAUAAUGGCACUGACAAUAUAGCUCUACUUGUUGGUUAUGGCAACGGUACCUUUGCAAGUCCAAAUAUGUAUUCAACUGGAUCUUCUUCGUCUAUCUCUCAUGCUAUAGGUGAUUUAAACAAAGACAAUCGUUUAGACAUUGUCGUCAUCAACAAUGAUACGAGCACCAUAUGUGUCCUGCUUGGUUAUGACGAGUUCUUUCCACUUCAAACGACAUAUUCAACUGGCACUUAUCCACAGUCUUUAGCUGCCGCUGAUUUUAAUAACGACUAUCGACUUGAUAUUGUCGUCACUAAUUUGUUUGGCAAAACCAUCAGUAUAUUUCUGGGAUAUGGUAACGGUUCUUUUUCAAAUCAAACAACUUAUCCAACUGGUUUGUUUCCCCAAUCUGUAGCUGUUCGUGAUUUUAACAAAGACACUCGACUAGAUAUCGUCGUUGCUAACAGUGUUGAUAAUACUGUAAGUGUGCUUCUUGGAUAUGGUAAUGGUUCUUUUGCAAAUCAAACGACUUAUUCAACUGGCGAUGGGCCAAGUUCUGUAGCAGUUGAGGAUCUCAAUGACGACAGUCAAUUGGAUUUCAUCGUAGCUAAUCAAUAUAGCAACACUAUAAGUGUACUUCUUGGAUAUGACAAUGGGUCUUUUGCAAAUCAAACGACAUAUUCAACUGGCGAUGGGCCAAAUUUUGUAGCUGUUGGUGACUUCAACAAUGACACUCAACUGGAUAUUGUUGUCACUAAUUCGUUCGACAACACCAUCAGUGUAUUUCUCGGAUAUGGCAAUGGUUCUUUUGAAAAUCAAAUGACUUAUUCAACUGGCUUGUUUCCACAAUCUGUAGCUAUUGGUGAUUUUAACAACGAUAACCGGCUGGAUUUCACCGUCGCUAAUCAAUAUAGCAACACUGUAAGUAUAUUUCUCGGAUAUGGCAAUGGCUCGUUUACAAAUCAAACGACAUAUUCAACUGGCAAUGGACCAAGCUCUGUGGUUGUUGAUAAUUUUAAUGACGAUACCCAAGUGGAUAUUGUUGUUACUAAUACUGGUAGUAACAAUGUAAGUGUACUUCUCGGAUAUGGUAAUGGCUCGUUCGCAAAACAAACGACAUACUCAACUGGCUCUUUUCCAGUUUCGGUAGCUGUUGGUGAUUUGAAUAAUGACACCAGAUUGGACAUUGCCGUCGCUAAUUAUCAGAGCAACACUGUCAGUGUACUACUUCGGUUUGAUAGAGGAGCUCUGAAAAACGAAAUGACAUUUGCACCUAGUGAUGCUUCUGUUAUGCGAAGUGUCGCCAUUUUUGAUUCCAAUAACGAUGGUCUACUCGAUAUCGUCGUUGCCAAUUACGGUACUAAUAACAUAGGUGUAAUUCUUGGAUAUGUGAAUGGCACCUUUAGACAUCAAACACUGUUCUCGGCGAGCUCAGAUUCUCAUCCCUACUCAAUUGCCACCCAUGAUUUCAAUAAAGAUAGUCAAAUUGAUAUCGCAGUGGCUAAUCAUGGUAGUAAACGUGUUGGUAUCUUUCUGGGAAACACUAAUGGAUCUUUCCACAGUGAAGAAAAUUAUGGGAGUGGUUUGGAUUUCAAUCCAUCGGUUAUUGUCGCCGGUGAUUUCAACAAAGACGGGCGUUCGGAAAGAUGUUGUAUCAAUCAGUUAUACUACUAG